AUGGCAACAGAACUUGUCCGAUCAGACGACCUGGCCACAGGCACUUCAACCCCCAGAAUCAGCAAUCCUACGGCUCUCGCGCUUUUGUCUCGACUGGACGCAGCCAUUGCAAAACAGGGGAAAAAUGAAAAGGAAAUCAAAGACCUACAAAAGAGAAUGGCAAGGUCCGAUCGUAUCCUUGAUUCUGUCUUGGCUCAGCGGCAAAAUGUACUUGAUGAACGGGCCGGAUAG